CAAUUCUACCCUAGUCGACUUGCAUAAUCUACCCUAGUCGACUUGCAUAAUAAAUUCUUUUUUCAAUUCUUUUUUGUUUUUGUACCUUGCAGAUAUUUUUAUAAGAGAUUACUUUUAACUUAAGGUGUUCCAAAACCGACUUUCUUCAUUAGUGGCGGCGCAAAGUUUGAAUGCAUCCAUAUUCUUCAUCUAAAACAUAUAUCUCCCACCUAUAUCUAUAUCUAUAUAUAUAUACGCGUUCGUUUCAUCACAGAGCUUAAUGGGUCAUCCCUGAUUUUCCAAAAAAAGAAAACAGAAGCUUUCACGUAAGGAAAACAAAGCUCCCAUAUUUGGAUAUAGAUAUAUAGAUAUAUAUAUAUAUAUAUGUGUAUACUAAAGGUGGCAGACCCAAGAGAUCGCAAGCGUAAGGAACAUAAUUAUGAUACCUAUGAAGAAGCUUCAAUGGCGGGUGGUAGUUUUGGGUUGAUAAACAGAGAAGAAGAAAUGAACGCCAUGGUUUCUGCUCUGAGUCGUGUCGUUUCUGGGAAUUUGCCUAAAAAUUCUUAUUCUGCUGAUCAUCAAGUCUCGGAUUUCAGUGGCUCUGUUAAUUCUUCUGAUUUUCUGGGCUCCAACUUUGUUGGAAUCAAGAGGGGAAGAGAUCAAGACGAAGAUUUUAGAGUAUUUGGUGAUCACCAAGUUUCCUCCAAUCGUGUGUCGUCAUCUUCUCUUUUAGGAGAAGGCUCAAACAACACAUGGACGGCGGCGACGGCGACGGCAAUGGUGGAGAACACGAUGAGCAGUAGCACAAUAUUCCCAACUCAAACAAUGUCAUUCACUCCAACAUAUGAAUACCAUGACAUGUCCCCACAGCAACAACAAGAACAAACAACUAGACCAAGAAAAUACAGGGGAGUUAGGCAAAGGCCAUGGGGCAAGUGGGCAGCAGAGAUAAGAGACCCUUUCAAAGCCGCCAGAGUGUGGCUCGGCACAUUCGACACCGCGGAGUCCGCCGCCCGGGCCUACGACGAAGCCGCCCUCCGUUUCCGCGGCAACAAGGCCAAGCUCAACUUCCCGGAGAACGUACGGAUCCGGCCACCGCCGGUGAAUUCUCCGGCGACCCACGUGGCAGUUUCCAAUUCCUCAAAUACCCUUUUGUCCAUUUCCACUACUUCCAAUCCCAUCGUCCAUUCCCAAUCUCUCCAAAGUAGUAGUACUACAAUGCCACUACAAUAUUCUAGUUAUAAUUCUCAGUUUGUUGGUUCUGAAACGGGGACGAUGAGCUUGUAUGACCAGAUGUUUUCUUCACCACCAAUGGUUGAUAUGCCGUUUUCUUCUUCGGCUACUCCUGAGAGCAGUACUAGUAAUUAUUCAGAUUUUUCAGAGCAACAGCAAUGGACGGGUUCUAGUCAUUAUAACACAAAAAAUUCAUCAGGUUGAUUACAGAGAGAGAGAGAGAGAGAGAGAGAUUGUUUUACUUGGCGAUUAUUAUUUGUAAUUUUUUUUUUCUCCCAUAGUUUGUUGUGCUUAUUGGAACAUAUAUUUUUUUGGCUCAAUUGUGAGUUUCAGUUAUAAGGUUAGUUGAUAUUGGAAUUUGAUAAAUUGAGGAACUUUUCGAAAAAGUGGAGGCGAAAAGAAAAUUUGCUCUGUACCAAGUUGUGGAAUGAGAAUUCUUUGUACGAGAAAAA